AUGCCAAGCCAAUCCAGCCUAGCAAAUUUUCUUAUGCGAAGUGAACCAGACAAUCUAUUACCACACUCUCGUCGAUCAGCCAUUAGAUUAAAGAAGCACAAAGGCAAAGACUUCAACCGAGAGAAAAGGAAGAUGAAAAGAGGAGGACAUCGUUUGGGUCAAAUAGAUACUUCAGUUAAGUCCAUUAAAUUUGAAGAUUAA